AGUGAUUCAAGGUUUAUCUGCAGACGGAGUAUCAUGGCCGGCGUCGCACGGUGAAAUUCGAGGCGCAGUUAAAUUACGUCGCGAUUCGGUUUAACCAGCGAGUGAUUUUCCGGGUUUUCGGUGUUAUCAUAUCCGCGAAAUCUGAGCCGUCGAUCUCUCACAAGCCCGAGUCUAUUUUCGAUGCAAAAAAGGUGAAUAAUAUAGGUUGAUCGAACCUAACCUCGACAGAUUUGAACCUUCGUACAAGUGUCAGUCCCGUUUUCGUGUGCUCCUAAAUCGGAUAUUCGAUAUUUCGGCAAGAAAACAAGUGUCAGAGUGAGGAAAAAGUGUUUUGGAAUGAACGAAGCGUGAAUCGGCCAACAUCUUCGCGUCAAAGUUGCCGCUUCUAACCUCACAGUUCGCGAUGAUUUUCUCGCAACGUGCUAGCGCCCCGAGUGACGAUUUUUAUUAUUUUGGCUAUACGACGGUAGCUACGAAUAACAACAGGAACUCUACUUUGAUAUUUUGAUCGAACAGUAGCCGGGUAAUUCACCGCUUGUGUUCCGUAGCUUUCUAACCUAAGCCUGAUCUAAUUUUACAUCUCCCAAUCCUUUACCCAAUUAAAUUAAUUCCAGACCCAACCUAACCUUAGUUGGCCUACGUUAAUCAAAACCUAGGGUCACAAAUUAUAGUAUAAAAAUGAGGCUCGUCAGUUCUGAGAAGCUUUCCAUGCUGCAGCGCGACCCUGACAAUGUCCGCAACAUCUGCAUCCUGGCACAUGUCGACCAUGGCAAAACAACGCUGGCUGACUCUCUUGUAGCAAGUAAUGGAAUCAUAUCUGGUAAGCUUGCCGGCAAGCUGCGAUACCUUGACAGCAGAACGGACGAGCAGCAACGUGGCAUAACUAUGAAGUCGAGCUCUAUCGCUCUCUACCACACUCAAAACGGACGUGAGUUCAUUGUUAAUUUAAUAGACUCCCCCGGUCAUGUAGAUUUCGCCUCUGAAGUAUCGACUGCGGUGAGGCUCUGCGACGGGGCGAUAGUGGUGGUCGACGUGAUCGAGGGCGUCUGUCCGCAGACCCGCAGCGCCCUUUCGAUAGCCUACAUCGAAGGGUUGAAGCCCAUUCUAGUCUUUAACAAGAUAGACAGGUUGAUAACGGAAGUGAAAUUGACGCCUCUAGAUGCCUACGUUCACCUGAUGCAGGUAUUGGAGCAGGUGAACGCGGUCAUGGGCGAACUGUUUGCAAGCGAUGUGAUGGAGCGCGAGGAAAAGGAGGAGGCUGCUAGCAGUGAGAGCCGUAACCUGAACGAGAGAGACCUGGCUGAUUGGCAGUCAGCAUUAGAGGAUGCGGACGAUUCUAAUUUGUACUUUUCACCGGAACGUGGAAAUGUUUUAUUUGCCAGUGCCGUUGACCGCUGGGGAUUUGGUCUAAAGGAGUUUGCCAAAAUGUUUUCUGAGAAGCUGGGAUUCAGUAAGAACGUACUGCUCAAGACACUGUGGGGGGACUUUUACAUAAACAGUAAGACCAAGCGGAUAAUGAAGGGUGCUCAAGAGAAAGCUAAGAAGCCGCUUUUCGUUCAACUCAUCCUAGAGAAUAUUUGGGCACUGUAUGACACCGUCGUCGUCCGCAAAGACAAGGACAAAAUAACAUCCAUGGUCGAUAAGCUCCAAAUAAAACUCACCACUCGGGACCUUAGGCACACCGACUCCAAGGCUCAGCUACAGGCGAUUUGUUCGCAGUGGCUACCACUGGCGGAAGCCUGCCUCGAUAUCACCUGCGCUAAUGUUCCCUCACCCAAGAAUCUCACUAACGAAAAGAUUGAACGACUCAUGAGUGGGAAUACCGACUUCUCUGCGCUUCCGCAGGAGACGCAGUUGCUGAAGGAUGCUUUCCUGGCUUGCGACAGCUCACCGAACGCGCCUGUGAUAGUGUUUAUAUCGAAGAUGUUUCCAGUAGACAGAAAAACCCUGCCUGAAAACAAGUCCAAGCCUCUGACGCAGGAGGAGCUCGCUCAGAGGCGGGAAAUCGCCAGACAGCGACACGCCGCUCAACUGGAGCAGCAAAAGUCAGGAAUCACUGCGGUAACGGAAAAGACAGAGGCUUUGGACUUGGACAACAUUCAAAAGCCAGUGGAGGAAAUAUCUGAAGAUGCUUUGGUUGCUUUUGCCAGAGUUUAUUCAGGAACGCUGAGUGAAGGUAGCGAGGUUUUCGUCCUUGGGCCGAAACACAAUCCUGCAUUGGCUCUGGAGCGCCUCAAGAGUGGAGAGGAAGUCGACGAGAGCACGGUGUUGAAAGACCUCAAGCCUGGCCGGCAUGCGACCAAGGCAAAGAUUGAUCGGCUGUACCUCUUGAUGGGACGAGAAUUGGAGCCAUUGGAGAGUGUGACAGCCGGUAACGUGGUGGGAAUCGGAAAUUUGGAGGACCAUGUCCUGAAGACGGCAACUCUGUCCUCCACGAUAGCUUGUCCCUCUUUUGCUGAGCUGACGUCAUUGACGGAUCCGAUUCUGAGGGUGGCACUGGAGCCGAAGCACCCGAAUGACCUCCAGAAGCUGAUGAAGGGCCUGAAGCUGCUAAACCAAGCAGAUGCCUGCGCUAUUGUUCACAUUCAGGAGACCGGCGAGAUAGUUUUAAACACAGCGGGCGAAGUCCACCUUGAAAGAUGUCUCGAGGAUCUUAAACUGCGCUAUGCCAAAGUCGAGGUGAACGUUUCGGAGCCGAUAGUUCCGCUUAGGGAAACCGUUGUCCCUCCGCCCAAGGUCGACAUGACCAACGAGGUGAUAGAAAAGAAAGAGCAGGAGAGCAGUCUCGAGUCUUGGACCGCUAACAGGCAAUGCAGCUUCGAAAUUGACGCGAGGCCACUUCCGGAUGAGGUGACUAAGACGUUGGAGAAAUACGUCGACCUCAUCAAGCUGCUGGAUCGGCAUGUCGAGAGGCUUGGCAAGGAGGUCGAGGAUGUUAACACGUCUACCGAAUCCUUGGUUCUUCCAGAACGAACCCAGAAAGCCGUCGAUUCUUUCAAGGCUGAGCUUAAACUCGCAUUUCAAGAGGGUGAAGAGGAACUGGACCUCAGAAAGAUUUGGUGCUUUGGACCGAAGAAAUGUGGGCCAAAUAUGCUUGUCAAUGAAACCAGUUAUGAGAGGAAGCCAUUCUGGGAACGACAGGCUAAAUCUAAUGAUCCUAGAGCUGCGUACGACAGCAGCAUCGUAAACGGCUUUCAACUUGCCACGCUGGCUGGGCCGCUUUGCGAAGAACCAAUGAUGGGCGUAUGCUUUGUGCUUAAAAAAUGGGAGCUCCACGACACCGCGUCUGGCGACGGAGGAAGUCAAAGUCAAGGUCACUUGGGAGGUCAGCUUAUGUCAGCCUGCAAGGAAGCCUGUAGACGAGCACUCAGCCUGCGCAGACCUCGACUAGUUACCCCGAUGUAUUCUUGCAGUGUCCUGGUCAACUCGGACGUUCUCGGCAAGCUGUACGCAGUUUUUGGACGAAGGCAGGGACGAGUUGUGGCUGCGGAUAGUGUCUCAGGUUUUGGUGGUCAGUUUCGCGUUCUAGCCACGUUACCCGUACCCGAGAGCUUUCAUCUAGCUCGAGAGCUCCGAACACAGACUUCCGGCCUCGCCAGUCCGCAGCUGGUUUUCAGUCAUUGGGAGGUGAUCGAGCAAGAUCCGUACUGGGUGCCGUCGACGGAAGAGGAGUACCUCCACUUUGGCGAGAAACCAGACAGCGGUAACCGAGCGAAGCGGUACAUGGACCUCGUCCGACGUAGGAAAGGACUUCCGGUCGACUCCCAGCUAGUUACACACGGCGAGAAGCAGCGGACUCUUUCGAAGAAUAAAUAAUAUACCCUUUCUUGAACGUACCGUUCUUCGCCAGGAUUUCCUACUCCCUUAUUUAUGUAUAUGUGUUAUAUACAGAAAUACACAAGCUGCUCACUUCUCGACGGUGGCGUCGACCGAUGGCUUCUUCACUUUGUAUAAAACACACUGAUCCCAGCUCCCAUCAAUAUGUAUACAAACCAUUUUCCAUUAUUCAGAUCCUUUUGUGGAUCUUCAGCGCGUAAUAGGUACACCCGAAGCCUCAGCUUCGGUCGUAAAAGCUCCGCUCGACCCCUGAUCGUUCCGUUCGGUUCCGCCCCCGGCAAGAAUUAUUCAUUUCUUUCGAAAUUCGUUAAAUUUAUGUUGCACAUGUAUACCAAUCCCGAUGAUUUAUCAUUUGGGUAAACUCGUAUAGACUGCUACGUAUAACUGCAGCAGACCUAAAAGAAGGUUUUAUUUGAUUUUCGUGGAGUAAAUUUUUCGGUGAAUUUUUACUUCUAAUUUUAUUUAACGGUCCUCGGUUGGGUAACCAUACAGCCACGUUUUACUUCUUACAUUUUAUUACAUUUUUCGUUCCCUGCUUUUCUAUUACGGACAAUCGCCGUUAUUUAGUCUUGUUUCAUUUUUGGUUUUCAUUUACAAUUUAUUUUUCCUUGAUUUUAUAGCGUCAAUAUGUUAAUGUUUAUGUAUAUAUCACUUGAAUACACAUAUAUGUACAUUAUUUAUCUAUGUACAUAAUCACGUUAUCUAUUACGCGUAUCUGACGCAGGUUGUUGCUGGAGUAUACAAAUUUGAUACGUGAAAACACA